UUGCUUUCAUUUGAAUAUCAACUAACAAAGACAAUGUUACAAUUCCUCCCAGAUAUGUAUCACUAAUCUAUUAUUCCACUUUUGAGUAAAAGAUGGCAUAACUCGGCGCCUACAGACCUCAACGUAGGCGUCUAUGCACCAACAUUGGUGUAAUGCUCCAGAAGUAUCUGAUUGAUUAAUUUAGACAAUAAUCUGUGCCUCUGAACUUUGGAGAUUUUUUCUUCUAAACUGUACAUCUAUAAAAAGAUGUACAAGUGUACAGUCCCAACCAGCAAGGCUGAUGUAAAGAUUGUCUUUGCUUUGGGUAACUUUGCCUGGUUACUCAAGGGCUUUCUGGAGAAAGCCUUGAACACAGUAAGAAAAAUGAAGGAAGAGCACGAGAGCUCUGAGAUUGAAAGAAUGCUCUGUUCCAAAGAAAGUCGUACUCCUCUUUCAAAAAUGACGAACGACGAAAUCAAGAAACCAAUCAAGAGGGUAGGCUUUGGUGCCUUGCUUCCGGAUGACAAAGAAGAAGCAGACAGUUUUUAUGACGUUGUAAAAUAA